GGGUGGAGAUGGCUCAUACAAAACUGGGAUAUGACUGUGUACUCAUUGUAAUAUUACAUGUAAUGUGUGUAGUGGAAUCACUCGCAGUCAAUGUUGGAAACAUAACAUAUGAGUUUGGACGGGACUGCAAUGUUUCAUUGGAACGAGUAACUGAAGAUCUUCAGAUUUUCGUGGAGUACCAUGGAAAAAGUGUUAAAUUUUCGUGCGCUGAAUUUUCAUUCCAAGGAGAAGGAAAAGAGAUUGCGGAUGAAUAUGAGUUUUGUGUGACGCCUGAGUAUUUUAGAGAUCCAAAGUGUGCUGUGAGAUUGGAUUAUAAAUCUUCAGAUGGUAGCGGAAGUUUACGGAGCGUGACUUGCGCUGAUAAUUUCGACUCAAUAUACUGUGGUUCGCAGGGUGAAAAUCUCUACAUAAGAAUUCAGGCACGUAAUGGAAAAUCCACAACGGAUGCCAGGUUUAGACUGCUGAUUAAAAUACGAAAGCCACUUGAUUUUGGAGGAUUAAUAGCUCUUGUUAUUGUCUCGUGUUUGAUUGGGAGCUUGAUAGUGAUCUCACUGCUGAUUGGUUUGUUGUGUUGGUGUGUAAGCAGGAGAAAGCCAACACAGGGAAGGGUUUUUAACCGAAACCAAGCAAACCAAACAAAUCUAGCAGUUUACCCGUAUGCACAAUCAACAGGCAACAAUUAUUCUGCUUUUCCGACAACAAACUAUCCGACACAGCCUGCUACUGGAUACUCUACUCCGCCUACAUUCCUAUCAUCACAAACAACCGGUCCGCAACAGAUAGAAAAGCAAGCAUCGGCUCCCCCUCCAUGUUAUGAUGAAGUGAUCAGCUGAUUUUACUUGUGAUUCCAUACAUUGUUAUUCUGACAAAAUGAAACUCAAAUAUCAUUUUCCAUGUUUUAUUGCUAGGAUUUGUUGUUGGAUUUCACUUCUAUAAAGUUAUAUUACUCUAUCAUUUUUACAACAAUCUAACAAUUACUGUUGCAAUAUCAUAUACUCCCUUUUAUUUUUUUAUUUGUUUCUUUUGUGUCUCGUUCAAUAAUUUUAUUUUCACUUCCGAGUAUACUGAGGCGUUGUCAGCUCUAGGUGACUACAUAUUUUGACAUGCGUUCUCUCAAGGCCAUAGGAGUAAAGAUUCUUUAUUAUUUCAUUAUCCGUCAUUAAGGUGUCAUAUCCGAGAGAAUCAUCCAUGUGCAUGCAUUAUUUAUUUGUAUGUUAAUUGCUAAUGAUUUCGUGAUUAGUGUUGUAAUAUAUAAUAUGAUAGCGUAUAUCGGGUGUUCUUUCGCGUCAUGUUUUUUUUCGGGAAUCAGAACCCAAAAUAGUGUAUUAAAUUUACGCGAAUUAAAUUUUCACUAAUUCAAAGUCAAAGUGAAAAUUUACACUGAAGGAUUAUUGAUUGAUUGAUUGGAUGAAUACUGUUUAACGUCCCUCUCGAAUGAUUAUUGAAAUUUGCAAUCAGGACAGUAAACAAUUACAGCAGCAGUAUCAAAAGGUGACGAUAACGAACAGAUAUCAAUCUCAUAAUUCCUAUACGAAAUAAAAAAA